GUAUGAUAAUAGUCAUAAUAGUAUUGUUAUGGUAAAACGAGAUAUUUUUGUUACAGUUUGCAGUUAUAGCAAGUUAUUUUAUGCACUUUUUGAAAUCAUAGUAUAAAAAGAAAAUAGUUGUUAUUACUACUAUUGAGUGUAGGACGGUUUAAGUGUAUUUUCUGCAUUUUUUUUUAUAAAAAUGACUUCGUUUCAUCAAACAUACAAUGGAGAUAUUUUGCACCUCAAUGUUGGAGGCAAAAGAUUCUCAACGUCUCGCCAAACCUUGACAUGGAUUCCAGAUACAUUUUUUACCGCUCUUUUAAACGGCAGAAUUCCUACUUUGCGUGAUGAGAAAGGUGCUAUUUUUAUUGAUAGAGAUCCCAAAAUUUUUGCUAUCAUUUUAAAUUACUUAAGAACAAGAGAAAUCGAUAUGAAAGGUGUUGAUCUUAGAACACUCACACAUGAAGCUGAAUAUUAUGGAAUUGCUCCUCUAGUUAAGAGAUUGAUUUUAUGUGAAGAAAUGACACAAUCUACAUGUGGUGAUGUAUUGUUUUAUGGCUAUUUACCUCCACCAAGUAUCCCAGUUCAUGAACCCAAUAUAGAUGAUAAAAAUCCUCAACAGCAACAAGGAAAAUCAAAUGGAAGGCAUGACUUGCCAGACCUUCGAGCAACAGUAUCAUCCAAUGGAUCAAGUAAUCCAGGAAGUGGUUAUGAAAACGUGAGACCUUAUUCAAGCCCUGGACCACCUUUAAGUAAUGUCCAAUCUAAUUGUGGUUUUUCUCAGGCAAGAUCAGAAGGAGGCGAAGGUCAUUCAAGAAAUUCAUCAUUAGAAAUGAGAGUUGGUUUAUCUGGAAGUUGUAGUAGGAGUUCCCAGGACCUAAGAGGCCUUGUGUCAAGGGUUGCAGGAGGUAAUGGUCACUCCAGAGCAGCAUCACUGGAUCUGAGGCACACCCGCAAUUCAUCUGCAGAUCUCAAUAAAUAUUUUAAGAAUGAUGUAUGCCUAGUUUUUGGUGCAAAUGCAUCAACAUGGACAGAUCCACUGAGAGUUCAGAUUAUAAAAGCUCAUCAUAAUUGGAUUGCUGUAGCAUAUGCUCAUUUUGUUGUUUGUUACAGAUUAAAAGACUCCAGUGGUUGGCAGCAUGUUUUUACCAGUCCUUAUACUGAAAGCUGUAUAGAACGUAUAGCAAUCAAUGCCAAAAUGGGUUCAAGUGGGGCUGGUGAAGCCUCUAAAAUGAUAGCUAUUUCUAGUGGAAGUCAUAUACAGUUGUGGGGGAUUUUAGAAGAUGGAACUAGGAAUAAUGUCGGAACGUUUAAUUUGCAUGUCAAGGUUGAGUACCUGUUCUUUAUUGGCAGUCAGCUAGUGGCUCUCUCUCCUUCGGGUAAAUUGGGAGUAUGGCACGCGAUGACCCAACAUUGGCAAACACAAGACGUCUUCUCUAUAGCCUCUUUUGACACUGCCGGUUCUUUUCUUCUACUUGGCAGUAACAACGGCUGCAUUUAUUAUAUUGAUAUGCAAAAGUUUCCGUUGCGAAUGAAAGAUAACGAUCUGUUAGUGACUGAGCUGUAUCGUGAUCCUAACAAUGACCCCGUUACUGCAAUUUCCGUUUAUUUGACCCCAAAAACGACAGAUCUAUGCGGCAAUUGGAUAGAAAUUGCGUACGGUACAAGAUCUGGGUGUGUUAGGGUUAUAGUUCAACAUCCAGAGACUGUAGGACAUGGACCACAACUAUUUCAGACAUUUACUGUCCAUCAAAGUCCGGUUACAAAGGUGACGUUGUCAGAAAAAUAUUUGGUAUCUGUUUGUUGCGAGUACAACCAUGUGCGAAGUUGGAGAGUUACGCGUUUUCGUGGUAUGAUCUCUACGCAACCCGGAUCUACUCCGGAGGCGUCUUUCAAAAUAAUAUCUCUGGAAGCCAUGGAGCCUUGUAUUAGUUACGCGACAGCCAACGAUUGUGGACCCUUCGGCGAGCAAGACGAUGAGCAAGUUUUCAUACAGAAAGUCGUUCCUGACACCGAUCAGCUCUACGUAAGAUUGGCAAGUAACGGUGACAGGGUAUGCCUAAUAAAAGCAGUGGAUGGUACUACAAUAAGUGCGUUUUGUGUUCACGAGUGUGAAGGAUCUAAUAGGAUGGGUUCCAGACCUCGGAGGUUUAUAUUUACUGGUCAUGCGAAUGGGGCCAUCCAAAUGUGGGAUUUGACAACUGCACUUGACUCAAACCGAAAGUCUGAAACAGCCAAAAAGGAGGGUGGUCCAACUCCAGAGGAGUUACUCAGAAUGCUAGAUCAGUGUGAUUUAAGUACAAGUCAUUGUUCUACCCCAUGUAUGUCUCCCUCGCCCUCUCUUGCCGCAGUUGCACGACUCAAAUCCAGCAUACUUGCAUUUUUAAAUCAAGUGCAGGAUGGAGACCGACCGUCAAAUUAAUAAAAUCAAAUUUAAUCUUAUUAAACUGCUUGUAAUUGUAAAUAUUUAUCGUUCCUGUAGUGAUCGUCGAUAUUGUUCGUUGUGUAAAAUAGUAUAAUUGUUUUCCGUAAUCAGAUUAUACAUAAAUAUAUAGAGAUUAAGUGCAAGAUAACAGUUUUGUGCUUCAAUUUAAGUAAUUUUGUGAUAAAAGUAUUUUGAGAAUUUGCAUUUACAAUACAUAGUUUAUUAAUUGAAUAAACUUUGUUUAUUAAAUAAGUCGCGGUUAUUUUAUUAUACUUCUUCACAGAAAAAUGACUUAAUUAUUAUAGUACCGGACGUGGGCGAAAUUGAACCAAUUUUGUCACAUUAUUACACCCAAUCGUAAGAUCAAAAUAAGUGUCACAUCAGCCCGGGCCGCCCGUGUGGUAGGCAAGCAAUGAUUUUACUUAAAGCAUCCCUGUACUUCUGGUCUUGAACUUUUUCAAUGGUUUUUAUUUCUUAUUAUAAUUAGAUCAUUUAAUAUCACACUCACAUGGAUAUGUUCCUAUGAGAAUUUGAAUUCCCAAACCGAAAUCUUAAGUUAUGAAAUAAUGAAUAAUGAAGAACUAACAAUAAG